AUGCUUCAGGAAGUAACUAUUCCUUGUGGAAGGUACGAUUUCAAUCUAGAAACAAAAAAAGUAGUCAUUGUAAAAGCGAAAGGAUUACUCAAUUUGUAUUUAAAUGACGAAAAUGAAUUGUGGUUGAAAUGGUAUAAUGUUGAUCUGGAUAGUAAAUUAGAAAUUGAAAGAGUCUUAAUUAAAGGUUCUACAUUUUUUGAGAAAGUUAAAGGUCAAAAUAGAGUCUAUCUCCUUAGAUUUAAUGAUGAUGACCAAAAGUAUUUCUUUUGGAUGCAAUCUGAUGAUCAAACCUAAGAUGAGAAUUACUGCAAGUAAUUUAACGACGUGAUCAAUUCUCAGGUCUUGGAUGAUCCCAUCCAAAUUCAAUAGCAACCUCAAGUGCAAUUCCAAGGUCAACCAUAAUCACAUACACAACCUCCUUAAUAAUAAUUGGGAACUUAAUAACAAUAACUUUUACAAUUGCUCUAAUAGUAAUUGACAUCAAGAAUGGGCCCAGGACUCUCUCUAACUGAUAUUCUGAGUGGGGAAUUUUUGACUUAAAUUGCCAAGGAUGAGGAAUACUUCUAGGCACUGAAGGAAUAUUUACCUCCUGAUCAAUAAAGCUUCGAACAAUUUAAAGAGAAUCUGCUUAGUCCCUAAUUUAAGUAGGCUUUAGAUCAGUUGACUCAUGCUUUGAAGGGAAGAGAAAGGAGUUCCGUGAUCCAGUAAUUAGACUUGGACUAUAGAAUGUUGGAAUAGGAAUUCGAUGGCGUUGUAGCUUUCAUCAAGGCUAUUAUGAGAAAGGAUCAAAAUAAAAAUUGA